AUGAAAAAAGUAACCCACAGUUUCUUCUUACUGAUCAUCCUUCUAAUUAGAAUGGUUCCAAGUCUUUCUUCUACUGUAAAUUAUACUGAUCCUACAUUAGAGCCUGUAGUAACUGAAAAUUCAGUCAUACGACAGAAGAUAAUAGAUUCGCAGUUCAAAUGCUAUGAGAGGAUGAACAGAGCUCCUCCGUAUAAGAAAAAAGGUCUGUUCUGCAACCGAACCUGGGACGGCUGGUUGUGCUGGGAUGACACGCCUGCUGGAAGAGUCACUGCUCAGAAUUGUCCGGAUUAUUUUCCAGACUUUGAUCCAACUGAGAGGGCUUCAAAAUACUGUGAUGAAACUGGAAACUGGUUCCGCCAUCCUGAGAGCAACCGAACUUGGUCCAACUAUACCCUUUGCAACUCUUUCACCUCUGAAAAAUUGAAGAUGGCGUUCAUACUUUAUUAUAUGGCGAUCGUUGGCCAUGCUUUGUCUAUAACAUCCCUGUUGAUUUCCUUGGCAAUUUUCUUCUAUUUCAAGAGCCUCAGCUGUCAAAGGAUAACACUGCAUAAGAAUUUGUUUUUUUCUUACGUGCUGAACUCUGUGUUUACAAUUGCCCACCUCAUCGCUGUUGUGCCUAACCCGGGCCUUGUAAAAAGGGAUCCUGUAAGCUGCAAGGUGCUGCAGUUCUUUCAUCAGUACAUGUUGGGCUGCAACUACUUCUGGAUGCUCUGUGAAGGCAUUUAUCUUCACACGUUGAUUGUGGUAGCAGUGUUUGCUGAAGAGCAGCGCUUGCACUGGUAUUACCUCUUGGGCUGGGGGUUCCCUUUAGUGCCAGCAUCUAUUCAUGCUGUUGCAAGAGCCAGAUACUUCAAUGACAACUGCUGGAUGAGUGUUGACACGCACUUGCUCUAUAUUGUUCAUGGACCUGUAAUGGCAGCUUUAUUGGUCAAUUUUUUCUUUUUGCUUAACAUUGUCCGAGUUUUGGUGACAAAGCUAAGAGAUACCCACCGUGCGGAGUCCAACAUGUAUAUGAAAGCUGUCAGAGCCACUUUAAUCCUGGUGCCCUUACUAGGAAUUCAGUUUGUUAUUAUUCCCUGGAGACCAGAAAACCGACUUGCUGGAGAAAUAUACGAUUACAUCAUGCAUAUAUUAAUGCAUUACCAGGGCUUACUUGUGGCAACUAUAUUCUGUUUCUUCAAUGGCGAGGUACAAGGAGCUUUGAAGAGGCAAUGGACACAGUACAAAACCCAGUGGGGCCAAAGGCGCCGAGAGCACUGUUCCACACGAUCUACCUCCUACACUGCAACGUCUAUCACAGAGGUCCCCGUUUACCUGUACCAUCAUGAUUCCAACAACGAACAGUUAAAUGGAAGAUAUGCAGAGGACUCGGAGCUCGUUGCAUUAAAAUCUGGAGAGACAUCUGCCUAG